AUGCUCGGCGAUUCUACCUUCCGCUCCCUCCAUCGGCACGAGGAGUACUACAUCCAGGGCGGCGACCUACAUUUCAUGGUCGAGCAUGUACAAUUUCGCGUCCACCGAUAUUUCUUCGAUCGAGAGUCGCUGUAUUUCCGGAAUAAAUUAGCAACCCCAGCGUCGCCUGGUGCGGCACGGUCAGGGACCAGCGACUCAACUGCCAUCGUCCUAGAAGACGUUCGGAGCAUUGACUUCGCGCGGUUCCUAUGGGUAUUCUACAAUCCGAAAUACUCCCUGUACAAAACGGAUGUAGACUCGUGGACAUCGAUUCUCGACCUCGCGUUUCGCUGGCAAUUCCCCGAAGUAAGGAAACUCUGCGUCCGGGAACUCGAGAGGCUCGAGAUGAGCGACGUGGAGCGCAUCCAUGUGUACCAAAAAUACGAGGUGGACCGGAAUCUCCUCAUCUCAAGAUACGCCGCGCUGUGUGAGCGUGAGGAACCCUUGUCGGUGGCCGAGGGUAUGCGCCUCGGAAUGGAGACCGCCUUGACGAUUGCCAGAGCUCGGGAAAUCGCUCGAUCCAAGCCUCUCGAUGGCGGUCUUCGUAGCCCCACGAAGGCAAAUGUUCCUGUUGCCACCUUGCAAGAUAUUAUCCGAGACAUCUUCACUAUCACGCCGAUUCCAGACGACGAGAUUACUACCCCCACUUCCGCAACCGCCACUAACGGCAACACCAUCCCUCCUCCUCCUCCACUCGCCAACGGCAAUGUCGCUAAAAAGCCUGCCAAUGGCGUCAACGGCACUAAUGGAACGGUCACACCUCCCCUCAGCGGCAGCAACACGCCCCCCGCCAACGCUAAUGGCAACGCCAAUAACAGUGCCAGCACCGCACCCGCGGCUGAUGUGUUUGGUGGUGUCUUCAUGACUAAUGAUGCCUCAGAAAAGAAGGACGGCGCCAACGAAGGUGAAAAGGCCAAAGAGGCAGAUCCUCUGGCUGCCAUUGUGACCAAUGUCAAAGAGGGUGAGGGGUCCACGCCAUCCAGGGUUUCCAGCCCUGCGCCAGGGGAUGAUGGCAGAGGACAAGCUAACAGAGGUCGUGGCCGUGGUCGGGGUCGUAGCAACAACUAA